AUGAUUUUGACACUAAAUCAAUUUGCUGUACUCCUUUGGAAAAAUUUUACCGUAAAGAAGAGGCAUUAUAUUCAUUUACUAUUGGAAGUUUUCAUAGUGUUGGUGUUUGGAAUGAUGAUUUUGAUAUUCCGCGCCGUUUUUAAAAUAGAGGUUGCUCGAUCUCAGAAUUACACUUCUCAACCCGUCAGCACUCUACCUUCUUUUGUCAAAAAUCCAAAUGAGUGGGAACUGAUUUAUGUGCCUUCUAAUGUUGAUGUGGCAAAAGAGAUAACAGAGAAUGUGAAGAGGAAUCUAAACAUCAGUAUAAAAGUUCAAGGCUUUUCUUCAGAAACUGAUCUUGAGAACUAUAUUAAAUAUGACUUCAAUUCCCAAAAUGUGCUGGCUGCCAUUGUUUUUCAUAAUGACUUCAAAACCAGCAGUGACCCUCUACCACUUCAGGUAAAAUACCAUCUGCGUUUCCAUAGGAUACAGAGGACAAUCCAGGAGCCAAACAAGAUAGGCUGGCAAACGGCCUUACUCUUUGCUAAUCGGCCCUCUCCGGGACCCAGGAAUGCCAAGUACCCUGAUGGGGGUAGUCCUGGGUACAUCAGAGAAGGGUUCCUAGCCGUCCAGUAUGCCUUGGAUAAAGCCAUCAUGCUAUAUCAUGAGAGCAGUGCUAAACAAAAGCUGUUUGAUAACAUCAGGGUCUUUGUUCAGAGAUUUCCACACCCAGCGGCGUCUUAUGAUGGAAUACUUUGGGUUACCAGUCCUUUCUUCCCAUUUAUAUUUAUACUCAUGUUCGCUCCAAGUGUAUUUUCCAUCAUGAAAUUGGUUGUGUGGGAAAAGGAAAACAGAUUGAAGGAGUACCAGCUGAUCAUUGGACUCAGGAACUGGAUUAUCUGGGCUGCCUAUUUCUUCACCUUCUUCCUUUUACAUAUCAUCAUUAUCUCUUUGAUAUGUGUCCUGUUCUUCACCAAGGCAAGUAUUAUAGAUAAGCCAGUCUUCUGCUACAGUGACUUUAGUUUCAUCUUUGUCUUUUUUAUGUGUUAUGCCAUUGCUUCGAUAUGCUUCGGCUUUAUGGUCAGCACCUUCUUCAGUAAAGCCAAUCUGGCUGCUUCUAUUGGAAGUUUCCUAUUUUUUGCCACCUUAUUUCCAUUUAACCUCAUCAUUCACUUCUAUGGAGAGAUAGCCCUUGCCAAGAAGGUGGCUUCCUGUCUCAGCUUCAAUGUUGCGUUGGCAUUGGGGAUUAAUCUUCUUCUCAAGUUGGAAAUGAAAGAGAUUGGCGUUAAAUGGGAUAACCUUUGGACACAAGUCAUUCUUGAGGAUAACCUCAUCUUUGGCUCUUUGUUGGGAAUGCUGCUACUUGAUGCUUUUUUGUAUAGCCUUGUGACCUGGUACAUAGAAAAUGUUUUCCCAGGGCAGUAUGGUGUGGCCCAGCCAUGGUACUUUUUCCUUAUGCGUUCUUACUGGUUUGGAGGUCCAAGAGUUAACAGGAUAAAAGAAGAUAACAGUACAACUAAAAGCAAGUAUUUUGAGGCUGAACCUCACAAUCUGGUAGCAAGCAUACAAAUAAGACAUUUGUUCAAGGAAUACAGUGACAAAGUAGCAGUAAAUGACUUAUCUUGGAAUUUAUAUAAGGGUCAGAUCACAGUUCUUCUAGGACCUAAUGGGGCUGGAAAGACCACAACCUUGUCUGUUCUCACAGGUCUUUUUCCCCCUACCAGGGGAACAGCUUAUAUUAAUGGAUAUGACAUUUCAAGGAACAUACUUCAGAUUCGGAAAAAUUUGGGCUUCUGUCCACAGCAUGAUUUAUUGUAUGAUGACUUGACAGUAUCAGAACACCUUUUUUUCUACUGUAUGAUAAAAGGAAUACCUCGAAAUAUGUAUCCUAUGGAAACUGACCAUAUGCUGUCUGCUUUUAACAUGCUAGAAAACCGUAACGAGUACUCACAGUCAAUGAGUGGAGGAAUGAAGCGCAAACUCUCCAUCAUUAUAGCACUUGUAGGGAACUCCAAGGUGGUGAUACUCGAUGAGCCAUCCUCUGGCAUGGAUCUGGUCUCAAGGAGGACGACCUGGGAUCUCCUUCAGCAGUAUAAACAGAACCGCACCAUCCUGCUGACCACACACUACAUGGAUGAAGCUGACGUCCUGGGUGACCGCAUCGCCAUCAUGGUCAGGGGGACCCUGCAGUGCUGUGGUUCUUCAGCCUUCUUGAAACAAAUAUAUGGCGCUGGAUACCACAUAAUUAUGGAGAAGAAACCUCAUUGUAAUGUUAAAAGGAUCACCUCACUGAUUGAUUCUCACAUUCCAGAUGCCACUCUGCAGAGCAAUAUUACAACUGUGUUAUCAUUUUUUCUACCAAAAGAACACAUGCAAAGGUUUGUUGCUCUGUUUGAUGAUAUUGAUAAAAACCAGAAAGAACUGGGCAUUGCCAGCUUUGGUGCUUCAAUUACUACCAUGGAGGAAGUCUUCCUAAAGGUCAAUAAACUGGCAGAUCCCCAGACUCAGGAUAUCCAGUCCCCUUCAUUAAAUGGUGAGAGGUUAAGCAAAAUCGAGAAAAAGACAAUGGAUGUACCCAGAAAUUAUGAAUCUACUCCAGCCACCUGGAAUAAAUUUGCUGCCAUUCAGUUUAAUACUGGGUUCCCACUUUAUUGUCAGCAGUUUCGUUCCUUGCUCAUAAAGAGGGCACUAUUUAGUUGGCGCAACUGGAAGUUAAUAUUGCUACAAAUAUCGGUAACUGUGUUUGUCACAAACUAUCUCUUAAAAGCUGUGGACUUAAGAGAAAAGAAUAUGUAUCCCAGAGAAAUGAAUUUGGGUCAAUAUGGUCGAACCAUUGUGCCUUACUCAAUUUCAGGGAAUUCUUACCUGGCUCUGAAUAUCAUAAAGAACCUUGAGAUUUUUCUAAAAUCUAAGAAUCAAGAACUUCGGGAAGUGAAAGGUAAUGUUACAAGUUACAUAUUGCAAAAUAAAGAGUGCCAGAACUUCUGCAUCAUUGCACUUUCCAUUAAGGUUGAGCAAGACAAAACCAUUUUGACUAUUUUAUUCAAUAAUGAGGCAUAUCAUUCACCUGCAACUUCCCUGACGGUGUUAGACAACAUUCUUUUCAUGUCACUUUCUGGCCCCAAAGCUUCCAUUACAAUCACCAACAAGCCUCUACCCCUCUCUCUUUAUGGUACUGAUUUGACGCCUACAAAUGGAAUCCAGGUAGCAUUUUGCAUGUCUUUUGGCAUGGCUGUUAUAAUCAGUAGCUUUUGUCUGCAGACAGUGACAGAGAAAAUUACCAAGGCAAAGUACAUCCAAUUUGUGAGUGGAGUCUCCAUCCUAACUUACUGGCUCUCUGCUUUGUUGUGGGAUCUUAUCUGCUUCUCCAUUCCCUGCUGCUUACUGCUGGUGAUAUUCAAAUACCGUGGAAUUGAUGCAUUUGUCGUGGAUUACCACUUCCUGGACACAAUGAUGAUAUUUAUGCUAUAUGGCUGGUGUGUUGUCCCUCUCAUGUAUCUUGGGAGCCUCCUGUUCUCUAGUAGCACUGUUGCCUACAUCAAGCUCACCGUAUUUAACUAUUUGUCAUCUGUUACCAGUAUCAUCAUUCACCACAUUGUACAAUACUAUGCACAUGACCUGUCUAUCUCCACCAAAACCAUCAUAUUUAAUUCACUAAUGGUCCUUCCUAGUUACAACUUUGCAAUGUGCAUCAGCAAGUUCUUUGAUAACUACCAGGUGAAAAAGCAGUGUUUCAAGAAAUUCCGAUUUGUCUACAUGGAUUGCAAAAAAGUAUAUGCGAACUCCAGUCUCUACAGUUUUGAAGAACAUGGAAUUGCAAAGUUCCUGGUUACAUUGGCUGCCAUGGGCUUAUUUUUUCUCCUCCUGCUUUUAUACCUGGAUUCUUCAUUCUGGAACUUGAAAACAUUUGUCUUUCAGAAAAUUUUACCUUAUAUCUCCCAGGUACUCGUGCAAGUAAACAAGACUCUUGUGGCCAGCCACAAAAUUGAAAAAUCUGAGGAUGAAAGUGUAAAAAAGGAAAGAAACAAAGUUCUGGCACUAUCUGACACACUGCAGAAUAUUCCAGUAAUCCUUAAGGACCUUACUAAGAUUUACUUUAAGUGUCCAGCUGUAAAGGCUGUGAGAAAUAUUUCCUUAGUAGUCAGAAAGUAUGAAUGCUUUGGAUUACUUGGAUUAAAUGGAUCUGGAAAAACUCCCAUCUUAAAAAUGUUGGCCGGUGAGGAGCCCAUCACCUCUGGAGUUCUGCUUAUUGAUGGAAUUAACAUCACUCAAAAUAUCAGAGAGGUUAGGUCAAGAAUUGGCUACUGUCCACAAUCCGACCCAACACUGAACUACUUGACUGGUCGGGAAUUGCUAAUCAUGUAUGCUAGGCUGUGGGGGGUCCCUGAACCCAACAUUUAUGAGUAUGUGGAAGGCUUUUUGCAUUCAGUGCACCUGGUAAACCAUGCUGACAAGCUUGUCUGCACAUACAGUGGAGGACACAGACGUAGACUAAAUACUGCUGUUGCCCUAAUGGGAAGGCCCUCGGUUAUUAUCCUGGAUGAGCCGUCUACUGGUAUGGACCCAGCAGUUCGACACCUCAUCAGGGACACAAUUAAACAGAUCUGUAAAACUGGCAAAGCUAUUGUGAUAGCUUCCGACAGCAUGGAGGAAUGUGAGGAGCUCUGUACCAGGCUGGCCAUCAUGUUGAAAGGGAGAUUUGCAUGUCUUGGCAGUCCGCAGUAUCUCAAGAAUAAGUUUGGUAACGUGUACAACCUGAAAGCCAAAGUUAACAUGGACAAGGACAAAAGUAAACUAGAGGAGUUCAAAGAAUUCAUCGCAACUGCUUUCCCAGGUAACAUCAUAAACCAGGAUUAUCAAGGGAUUGUUGACUACUACAUUCCCAGUGAGGAAAUCACCUGGGAAAAGGUGUUUGGAAUUUUGGAGGAUGCUAAACUGCUAUUCAAUUUAGAAGACUAUUCAUUCAGUCAGAUAACACUGGAGCAAAUCUUCCUCACCUUUGCCAACAUGCAAAAUAAGGCGUAUGACCAGGAAAUAAAGUUAAUAUGA